AUGACCUCCACGCGCUGGAACCCGGACAACAUUAGGGAUGUUGCCGAAUCCGUGGGCAUUGCCACACUCCAGAAGGAUGUUGUGGAAGCGCUGGCACAAGAUGUGGAUUAUCGGAUGCAGCAAGUUAUUGUAGAAGCCUUGAAGUUCAUGAGGCAUUCCCGACGGACUACAUUGGGCACACAAGAUAUAGCCCAAGCGUUGCGGGUGUUAGACGUGGAGCCGCUCUAUGGCUACGAGUCAACCCGCCCGUUGCGCUUCGGCGAAGCUUCGAUAGGGCCCGGCCAGCCACUGUACUACGUCGAAGAUGAAGAGGUGGAUUUCGAGAAACUCAUCAAUGCGCCUCUGCCGAAAGUACCACGGGAGAUCUCCUUCACGGCGCACUGGUUAGCCGUUGAGGGGGUUCAGCCCUCCAUCCCUCAGAACCCCACCACAGUUGACUCGAGACACCAAGAGCUCCUCCCCAAGGGACCCGGCGCGAAUCCCAACCUCGCCGCACUCAGCGGCAACGACAACGUCUCCGUCAAGCCGUUGGUCAAACACGUCCUGUCGAAAGAACUCCAGCUGUACUUCGACCAGGUCUCCAACGCCAUGCUCGACGAGACCAACGACGAGUACCGCUCUGCCGCGCUCGCCUCUCUACGCACCGAUCCCGGCUUACACCAACUAGUGCCCUACUUCGUGCAGUUCGUCGCCGAAAAGGUGACGCACAGCCUCAAAGACCUCUUCAUCCUCACACAAAUGAUGCACCUUACCCAAGCGCUUCUGGAGAACCCGAGUCUGUUUGUAGAUCCGUACAUCGCCUCCGUCGUCCCCCCGGUGUUGACCUGUCUCGUGGGGAAGAGACUCGGUUCGGCGAACGACAGCGACCCUACCGCACACUUCGCGCUGCGCGACCUUGCUGGAUCCAUUCUCAUCAUGAUUGCGAAGAAGUACGGGAAGUCAUCCCAGACGCUGCGGUCACGUAUCGCACGGACGUGUCUGAAGCAUUUCUUGGAUCCGAACAAGCCGUUCGGGACGCACUACGGCGCUGUCAUUGGGCUGCAGGGCAUUGCGGGCACGGAGGGCAUAAGACAGCUCAUUAUCCCAAACUUGAGGGUCUACGAUGGCCUGCUAAAGGAAGGAUUGGCGGAUGAGGCGAGAAGAGCCGAUGCGGAGAUGGUGGUCGCGGCUUUGCUGAGGGGGCUGCAGAAAGUGGAGAGGGAUACGGUGGAUAUGGCCAAUGGUUACGGAGGUGAUGAAGAGCUAAGGAGUAGGCUUGCUGACAAAGUGGGAGAUGUUAUUGCGGCGAGGGUGUUGGAGUUGGGAAGGCCGAGGCUGAUAUCGGCGGUGCUGGCGAGCGAUGUCAACAUAUGA